CCGCGCGCGGCGUCUCGCGCGAACGCCCACGGCUCGAACGCGCGUCUAAAACGCUUUCGAGCGCGAGCGACGCCUCCGCGUUCGCGAGCGAUCGCCGGCGACGCCCCGAGCGACGAUCUCUCGCGGCGGGCGGGGCGUAACACCCUCUGGACGAUGACGAAAGAAACGAGCGCCCACAACGCCGAGCGCGCGCCGUUGGUCGUGAAAACCACCGCGCGCGAUGCGGUGGACGUAGAGAUUGCCGAUCGCGCGCGUCACGCGGGCGGUGAAGGCGAAGCAACGCCGACAGCGCGAGGAAAGUGGUCGAUCGCGGGCAGAGCGGCGUUGGCGGUGGCGUGCGCGACGUUCGCGGCGGUGGGCGUCGCGCGCGCGUCCACCGUUCGUCGCGGUGGUGAGGUCGUGACGUUGUUCCCCGAACUAGGUGGGGUUUCGGAGUGGCGCAGGGACUUCGUGGCGGGGAAGAUUGCGCCGGGGCGGAAGUUUAGCGACACGGUGCCGAGCAAGACGUGCGUGCGACAAACGAGCCGGAAUAGAUUGGAGGACGUGGAAAAGUAUUACAUCGUGAGGGCGAUGAAUCACGAAAACGAGCUGCAUAAGGGUAAUAAAACGAUCGCGGCGAUGCCGACGUACGAUCACAUAAAGGCGGAGUCGAUGUUCAUGACGGGCAUGGUGAACAAGAAUUCAGAGUCGCCGUACAUGUUGCCGUCAAGCGGGUACGAGAAGAGCAUCAAGCAGUCCGGAAACUCGGCGAUGAUGUAUAAUUUCGUGCACAUUCCCAAGGCUGGGGGGACGUACUUGUGCGAAGUUUUGCAGCAGGUGCAAUCUCAUUUGGACGCUCGACACGGGAGCGUCUUUGGAAAUUACAACCUGUACCGCGACCCAUGGUCCAUGAAACCGCUCUUAGACGCCACGUCGCGCAAUGUUUGGCAAACCACGCAUCUCAUGAAAAGUAAGCUCAAGGCGUUUACCGACGAAAAUCUGGCGAGAGGCUACGCCAAGGGCCAGCGGAUGAUGUCGAAGGGGUCGUAUAAUAUGGGCUUGUGCUCAACCACGGAGGCGCCGUGCAUGUACCUCACCGUUUUACGAAAUCCCUUUCAGCGCUUUAUGAGUCACUACAAGUAUUCUUGCCUCGAAGGCGCGGAGAACCGAGCGAUGUGGAUGCCGGCUUGGAAAAAGCAAGGCUCGUGUCCACUCAACCCAUUGGAAUGGUUUUACUUCACGCAAGGCGACGAUUGGACGCAUCUGAUCGCCCCGGGGGCGUUCCCGCGUGACUCCCAGUGUCACAUCGACGCCGCGAAGAAUAAUUUAAUGAGUGGUUGCAUGCGAUACUUGAUCACGGAGAACUUGCACGACGGAUUAGCCAAGCUUAAGAAUAAGCUUCCAGAUUUCGCGACGUUGGAUCUCAACGCCGUCAAGUCGCUCUUCAAGAAUGACAGCGCUGGUCGAUUAACGCCGGCGCUGCAAGCGAGGUUGAAGCGGUACGAGGAAGAUAAGAACAUGAUGCACCAGAUCAAACAAGGACUGUGGCAUCAAACGAAAAUUUACAACUUUGCCGUAGAGAACUACGAAAAGUCGUGGGACAGAGACAUUCAGACGUGCUGAGACCAAUCGAGAAAAUCUG